GGAACACAGCCUUAAACGCUCCAGCUCAUGCUCUUGCACCCGCACUCGUCGGCGGUGACCUAAGCUAGACCACCGAAAAGGUGAUUUAUCUGGAGAGAGAGAGAGAGAGAGAGGCGCAGAGGACGGAGACGAUGACUCAAAGUGGUGCACUUUCAGCAAUCAGUCCCAUGGAAUCUGCUAAUUACCGAAAAGGUAAUCAUCUCUCUCUACCACCACACCCUUCAUCGUGCUCCCUUCCCACUGGGACUGUAAAUCUGUUUCGUUGUUGCUCUAACACUAGAAACCCUAGUUGUUCUCCUCCUUCUGCUACUUUCACCAGUCAACAAAAACACCAACCGAGAAUAAAGCUAGAUGGACUCCAACAAGCUGAACAGUUUCUGAACCAGUUGUCCCAAAUGCGACCUUUGCCACCGGUACGUGUAAUAAAUAAAGCGUUAUCGAUGAUUGCGAAAGCGGGACGUUACACCGAGGCUCUUUCUCAUUUUGACAAUUUGCAGUUUCUGGGCAUUCGGGUUGAUAUUUAUUGCCUCAACAUUGCAAUUAACUGUUUCUGUCGCGUGAAUCAAGUUGGUUUUGGGUUCUCUCUUUUAGGCGGCAUCUUUAAACGCGGUGAUAAACCUGAUGUAACUACCUUCACCACCCUGAUGAACGGAUUUAUUUUAGAAGAUAAAACUAAUGACGCGUUCGAGUUAUUCGAGAAGUUAAUGAGAAAGAGAGAAAUUGAACCAAAUGUGUAUAUGUAUCAAACAAUUGUUUAUGGGCUUUGCAAAGGUGCAAAUGCUGGAACGGGUAUCAGCAUGGUGGAUGAUGCUAUGAACCUUUUAUGCGGGAUGAAAGAAAAAGGAAUUCACCCAAAUGGUGGUAUUUAUAUCAAUAUAAUUCGUUGUCUAUGUGACUCGUGCCGGUGGGAGGAGGCUACGUCACUUUUAAUAGAAAUGAGUAAGAGAGAAAUUGAACCGAUUGUCGUUCCAUAUGGAAUGAUUGUCAAUGGCCUUUGCAAAACGGGGAACACGAGCAUGGCUAUUCGGUUGCUUAGGACAUUGGAAGAGGGAGGGUUUAAAUCUGACGUCAAAGGGUAUAGCAUGAUCAUUGACCGUCUUUGCAAGGAUGGGAUGGUAGAUGACUCCAUGAACUUCUUAUUAGAAAUGAAUGGGAAAGGUAUCCAUCCAAAUGUUGUCACUUAUACGUCUUUGAUUCAUGGCCUCUACAAUUGUGGCAAGUGGGAGGAGGCUCGAGAAAUGCUGAGAGAAAUGUUCGAUAGUGGUGUUUCACCAAAUGUUUGUACAUUCACUGUGCUUGUGGAUGCCCUUACCGAUAAAGGAAUGGCAAGAGAAGCAGAGGAGGUACUUGAAUUCAUGAUAGAAAGAGGUGUGGAUCCUGACGUCGUCAUAUACAGUGCUGUAAUGCAAGGGUAUGGUGUCCAAGGCCGAAUGGAUGAAGCAAAGAGAGUGUUUGAUACCAUGGUGAAUAGGGGCCUCCAGCCUAACAUCAUCAGCUAUAACAUUCUAAUCUAUGGGUAUUGCGAGAACAUGAACUUAGACGAGGCCAUCAAUUUCUUCCGAGAAAUCCCUCAAAGGGGUUUGAAGCCUGACCUUGUAACUUUUACCUCUAUGUUCAAGGGUCUCUUUCGGGUUGGUGAAUAUGCAGUUGCUCAAGAACUACUGAAUGAGAUGGAACUUGCCGGCCUAACUCCCAGUGACAAAACUUAUGGUAUGUUGUUGGAUGGGCUUUGCAAGACCGGGCAUAUUGAUGAAGCAUUGUUGUUAUUUCACAUGAUUGAAAACAGAGGUUGUCUCAAUGUCGUUAUGUACAAUAUCCUCAUUGAUGCAUUAUGCAAGAAUAAGAAACUUGAUAAUGCAAGGGAUCUUUUUAUUAAACUUUCUUCCCAGGGGUUACAACCUGAUUUUAUUACAUAUGAUAUCAUGAUACGUGGUCUUCGCCAAGAAGGAUUUUUCGAUGAAGCUAAAGAGUUGUCUGUGAAAAUGGAGCAGAAUGGUUUCUUGCCUGAUAUUGGUGAUUACAAGUCUAUCAUAUGAGGUUUUGUUAACAACAGAACUUCUAUCAGGCUCUGUUACUUGUUGAGGAAGCGGUUGCAUCUACUUUUUACAUGAUUAAGGACUUAAAUCUUAACUGAAGGAUGGGCUCUUGCUCUUCAAGAAGUGAUAACGAAGUUCAUGCCAAGGAUAGACGUGGAGCUGUGAAGUAUCUAUGAAGUACGGACACCUCGCUGGAGGUCAACUACCUCCGGUAUUGGAAGCUUGUCUGACACCAACCCUCGCCGGACACUCUCAGGACAAGUGUUCAACAUUCAAAGUAAUGCUUGUGGAAUUCACCGCAUCAUUUCGGUUCUCAAAAGUCUUAUUCAAAAACUUUUAUGCACAAAGUUUUUCUUUAGCCCUGAAUUCAGACCUGGCUUCUUUCAUCUAGGGUCCAGCAGCAACUUAAAUUUGGGUGUGUCAUCUACACAAAGGAAUCCCGAACCAUAAUUGGUGACCUUAGCAAUGGAUUAUAACAUUCUGGAUUCAUUUCCGUACUAGCGAUCGGCACGUAUCGGCAUCGUUUGGCCUAAAUUUUGUUGGAAAGGAAAUUAGCCAUCUUUAUCCUGUAUAUUUCUUCGGAACUGUAUGCAAUGCUGAAGGAAACGAUAAAUGGCAAGAAACAGGAAAUGUUUGCUACAAAUGCAACGCCCGAAGUGUCUUUUUAUGUGGUCUAACACAAGUGCUAUCUAUUUGUUCUUUUUCAGAAGGCAGGCAAGUUAUUGUCUCAUGAGAUUCUGAAUUCC